GAGUAAAUUAAAAUUUUCAUUCUGGAAGUGAACUACUCCUUUAAUAAUUUUUAGACCAGGUUGGAAGAACACUUAAUUUUCACUUCCUGUAAUUUCAAUUUAACUUCUUUUAGGGUGUGGCCAGUUUACAUUUACACUCAUGAUUUGUAAGGGAGCCUCUUCUUCAAUCCUAUUGGCUGUCGCUCCCAAAAGUCGCUCUUCAUUUGCAUAAAGUUGAAGGAUUCUGAACUUUGUUGCAUUGCUGGACGCAACAAUCCCAUCCGGUCGCCAACGGUCACUAUCGCUCACUGUCGCUCGUGUUGCCAGAAAUCGCCAGCUCUCCAUUGAAAUGAAUGGGAUCGUGUUGCUUUGUCGCUGCGUGUUGCUUGUAGUGUGAACGGGGAUUUAAACUGAAGUGAAACCAAUUGAAAAAGCAAUAUGUGGAGAGCCUGCAACAGGAUAAUGGCCCAAAACAGUUAAGCAAAUCCACAGAUGGUUGGCUAAGAGAUAAAUGGUUAAGUUAAAGGGUCAAGUAAGUAAGAAAGCCCUCAAAACUGCAUUGUUAUAGCAAGUCGAAGCAAAAAUUCUCCAGGUCGAUGCAGGAGAGCAAUAAACAAUUAGACAAAAAGCCUGCAAGUGAUUUCCUGCCAAUAAUGGCUAAAACUAGCUAAUAGUUUGCUAUUUUUUUUUUUUUUUUACGUUUUCGUUGAGCAAAUUAGUUUCACGGUGGUUUUGUUGGUGACUAAGCUCUUGUCAUUGUGUGUGUGUGAUAUGAUUUCAGCUGUCCAUCACUGGUCACCAUAUACAAUCUUUUAUUCAUUCAGCCCUCAGGUGAAAGUAGGAACAUACUCAAAACACCAAUUCCUAUCUCCCAGAGUGCAACAGUGGAAAUAAAGCGAUUAGCACAUUUGGUCAGGCCAGUGGCAUGUUAAAAGCUCAAUGGUGAUGUUUGGAUGUGGGAGGCAGCGCCCACUCUCUGAUGAUGCGAUUCUCCUCCUUUUAAAGUCCAGCUUUAAAAUUAAAUCUAGUUUAAUAACACUGUUUUUCCAUCUUUUGCUCGUCAUUCUUAAUAGUGCAUCUUAAAAGUACUGCUCUUGUAUUUUGCCUUGUUAACAAAUAGCUAAACUGCAUCUGUCGCAUCCGGGAAUGUCUGGUAAUCAGUCAUGCAGAGGUAUGUGAAAUAUAAACCGGUUUUAGUUGUUGCAUUAUCCGUCUGCCUUUUAUUCAAAGACUUGUUUUGGAUAUGCUACCUACACAUGGCAAGCUUGUGGAGUCUAAACAUAACAACCGAUUCACAGUAUGCCGUUCACAGUAAUUUACAUGUAGAAAUAUGCAGAAUAAUAUUGUAAUAUGCUAAUCCUCAUGCUCAGCAUAUUUGCUAUAAUGGAGAGCCUGUAAACAGGAUCCAGACAUUACAAUAUUUGCAAAAGUCAGAAUAUGAAUGCAUACGCACAAAAUCCAUCUGGGCUCUGUGAACAGUUCUGAAAGCUAUUUUUAUUCUCUAUUGGAUUGCAAACAAAAUUUGACGUCAACUGAAUUGCAUCUAUUUAAAAAAAGAGACCCCUCAACAAAUAAAUAUAAAUAUAAAUAUGAAGUAUUAUGUCAUUAAGUCACAACCUCCUCUUGGGAUAUUGAUUGGAUAUUGAUUUAAUUCGGUUGAGAAGGAUCUCUAUCCCUGGCCGUUCACCCAUUGUUAUGGUAAUUUAUCUCCCUUGAGCAUCAUAGCAGCCGUAAUAUCAUGUCACUUAAGUCUGGAUUUGCAAGUGAUCCCUGAACUGUUAACCCCCCAAAAAACAAUGCACAUUGAUUGAACCUCAGUCCAUAAAUCAAGUUGGUCUGUAUUGACAGACACGUCCGUUGCCACUCAGAAAGAUACAAAAUCAUCUCCAAUCUCUUGUCAAACUCCAGCCACGUUAAUAUGCAGGUUUAGUGGGGAAAAUGAGCAUGUGCUUCCCUGCAAAACCAACCUCCUUGGAUACAAUCACAUGGCGCAGAUGGUUGCUUCUCUGCAACUACCUGUAGCUGAAAUACAGCAUUGCACAUUGAGAGCUUUUCCUAUCAUACGAAACCCAGAGUCGAAGCACCCCCAGCCCCGCUAGCACCCUCCCCCCAUGUUUCUCGCGCACACACACAGAGGCUGUGGUGAAGCAGACGCUCAGCAGUGGGAUGGAUCCUGACUACUAAAGAGCAACGGAGAGAGAGGAGGGGUGGCAGGCAGCCGGCAGAGGUGCAUAAAUCCUCAUUUCCAGAUCUGGAGGAAGAAACGUUUGCUGUCCGGGGCGAGACCACCACGUUGGCUUUCCAAAACAUCAGGAGGCAGCGCCUGCCACGGCUCGCCGUGAAUACAGGAGAGACGAGGAACCCGGCUGAGGCUGUCAAACGCAGAGGUGGGCUAGGAGGAGGUCUAUGACCCUUGAUUUUCAGCAGGGGAGUGGCGCAGGGGGACGUAUCUGGCGACGAGCAACAGACGCUCGGCGCUUGUAAUCUUCCCAUUCACUAAAUCAUUCCAUGCCAUUGUCAUAGCGAUGUAAAGCCAUUCUGUGCGGACUGGAGGAGGCACACUCCAAUCAGCUGCUCUCGCCAAGGCGAGAUCUUUCAUUUCCAUCAGUGUGUUUUGGUUUCCCUUCACUUCUUUAUGCUUUGUUCCUCAGAAACUGGACGGCGUCACUCCUGUCUUUUCAUGUGACUUGGUCUUUCUGGAGCUGUCAUUGUGUUUGGUUCUGCAUGGAAUGACAGCUGCUUUUUUAGAGACGGCGGAAGAGAUGGAGUGAGGACUGCCACUAACUGGAAAGCUCCUUGAGAAAUCGUAAAGAACCUCUUCAAAGACUUGCUGCUUUUUCAAGCGUUUAGACUUGCCUCGUUGCACACUUUCUACCAUUUGUCUCACUGGAUACCAAUGACAGCCAUGAAGGGAGACUCCGAAGACAGCAUUGAAAGCGUGAGGCCGUCCAGCCUGCAAGUUUUCGCCAACUCCUCCACACUACAUGGCAUGAGCCACAUAUUUGCCUAUGGCCACAUGACGUUCCGUCGCUUCUUAUGGACGCUGUCCUUCAUGGGCUCUUUGGGUCUCCUGAUGUUUGUGUGCAUGGACAGAGUGUACUACUACUUUGAGUUCCCCCACGUCACCAAACUUGACGAGGUGGCGGCGCCCAACCUCACCUUUCCGGCCAUCACCUUCUGCAACCUCAAUGAGUUUCGUUUCUCAAAGAUCACGAAGAACGAUCUGUACCACGUCGGGGAGCUGCUGGCACUGCUCAACGAGAACUAUCAGAUCGCCAACCCUCACCUGGCCGAGCCGGAAGUCCUCGCUUUGUUGAAGGAGAAGGCUAAUUUUGUCAACUACAAGCCCAAGCAGUUCAACAUGACGGAUUUCUACAACCGCACGGGCCAUGAUAUCAACGAAAUGCUCUUGCAGUGCACCUUCAGAGGGGAGGAAUGCGUCCCUCUAAACUUCACCACUAUUUACACAAGAUAUGGGAAAUGUUACACGUUCAACUCUGGUUUGGAUGGAAACCCCUUGUUGACGACUUUAAAAGGUGGAACAGGAAAUGGGCUGGAAAUCAUGCUGGAUAUUCAACAGGAUGAGUACUUACCGGUUUGGGGUGACACAGACGAAACCUCGUACGAGGCGGGCAUCAAAGUUCAGAUCCACAGCCAGGAUGAGCCGCCCUUCAUAGAUCAGCUGGGAUUUGGUGUGGCCCCUGGCUUUCAAACUUUUGUGUCUUGUCAGCAACAACUGCUCCAGUAUCUUCCUCCGCCGUGGGGCGACUGCAGAUCCGAACCGAUGGACUCUGAAUACUUCUCCACCUACAGCAUCACGGCCUGUCGCAUCGACUGUGAGACCCGCUACCUGCUAGAAAACUGCAACUGCAGAAUGGUGCACAUGCCAGGCACCUCUACCGUCUGCACACCCGAACAGUACAAAGACUGUGCUGAUCCAGCUUUAGAUUUUCUAGUGGAGAAGGACAAUGAUUACUGCGUUUGCGAGACGCCGUGCAACAUGACUCGAUACGGUAAAGAGCUGUCUAUGGUGAAAAUACCCAGCAAGGCUUCAGCGAAAUAUCUCGCCAAGAAGUUCAACAAAACUGAACAGUAUAUUGCGGACAACAUAAUGGUGCUGGAUAUCUUUUUUGAGGCUCUGAACUAUGAGAAAAUUGAACAAAAGAAAGCAUAUGAAGUGGCUGGAUUACUUGGUGAUAUUGGUGGUCAGAUGGGUCUGUUUAUAGGAGCCAGUGUCUUGACAAUAUUGGAGAUAUUUGAUUAUUUGUAUGAGGUUUUUAAGGACAAAGUGCUGGGACAUUUUCUACGCAAGAGACGGCCACAUCGGAGCGCUAGUGACAAUCUGGAUUUCCCCGAGAAUCCCACCAGCCCUGGUGUCACGCCUAACCAUGUCCCCAGCUUUCAAGAUGGAGAUGAUGUUUUGCAGAAGUUCAGAGCACAUGCGACACACUCCGGAGUCACUCGGACAGUCUCGGAUUCGCGCCGAACGUGCUACCUAGUCACCCGGCUAUAGGCAACUUCGAGGAAUUCGCUUGUUGAUGACACAGGUGACGGGACCCAGGCGGGACGGUUUAGGAUACGACGGAAAACUGUGAAAUAUAUAUCGGAUAGACUCCAAAAGAAGUGUAAGUCCACGAAAAUGUACAUGUUAAAUAGUUAAAAAACAACAACAAAAACAAAACAAAAAAAAAAUACCUGAAUAGAAUCGAUAUAUCAUCAUCAAGUACAAAUAGGCAACACUUCCAAAACAAAACUCAGGUUUUAUUAACAUCACAGCCGCUGUUUGUUUGACAUUGUGGAAAAUCCUGGUAAGAUUUCAUGCCAUUUCUUUUCGGACGAUUUCAAACGUACAAAUACUGUGACGGUAUUUCAUCCGAGAGAGUAUUUUUUUCCUCUGUGCUUUUCUGAAUCCUGGACGAACACUGUGGGCCUAAUUUGAUCAAGCCGCCUUAAACGAAUCUGAAAAAGAAAGCAUUUUAAUAUUGCACAAAAAUUGUUAUAGAUACAGUCGGUUUGGCCAAGGUUUAAAUCUAUUUUGGCACUUUUUUUUGUACAAUAAUCGUGUGAGCUUUAACCACGGUUUGACUGAAUUCAGCCCUGCGAUAGUACUCGAAAAUAUGUAAUCAUUCAGAAUGUUUGUCUCUGUUCAUAUUUUGUGUAUAUAAGUGCAAUAAUAUGCAUAAUGUGUUAAUGAAUACCGUAUAUUACCUUCAAGUCUUAAUUAUUAGCUGUCAGGUAAACAGAAGGAACCAGAUGCUUUCGGUACAACCUGAGUUACCAGCAAUCAUGCCGUUUGAUUUCGACACGCUGAUGUUACUCUAUUUAUUUCCACUUCCAUCCACUAGGCUGUGAUGAGAUGUUACUAUUUAGAUUUAUGAAUGAUGCAUUUUAUGUGUAAAUCUUCACUUAUCCAAUCCCACGUGUGAAUCCAUUCAUCAGAUUGUUUCCUCCAGGAGCCAAUUCAUUACCUUAAGUGGCAAAGACUGUAUGCGAGGUGUUGAUGUGAAAAUCAAAUCAUCAGUCGCUGAAAAGCUCUUGAGUUACGCGCUCAUAUUAAUUAUAAUGAGCAUUAAAAAUAGAUCACAGUUCCACAUCCACUAGAAAAUAUUCAAUUAUUUUAGAUGAUACAGUUGAAAAACUUGACACAUUACUCAAAAGCUUUGAUUUGGAUUCUUUUAUGUUUUGGGGGUCAACCUAGAAGUUACAGGUGUCUUCCUUUUCUUGCAUGAACUGCUCAGAUAUACAUGUUCAAAUAUAGCCCAAAAAGUACCUGGACACUUAAAAGCAAUAGCUCACCCAAAAUAAAAAUAAAUGUGCUGAUAAUUUCCUCACCCUCAGGCCAUCCAAGAUGUAGAUGAGUUUGGUUCUUUAUCAGAACAGAUUUGGAGAGAUGUAGCAUUACUUGCUCACCAGUGAAUGGGUGCCGUCAGAAUGAGAGUCCAAACAGCUGAUAAACCACUCCGGUCCAUCAAUUAACAUCUUGAGAAGUGAAAAUCUGCUGUGUGUUUGCAAGAAACAAAUCCAUCAUUAAAACACUUUAUAACUUCAUACUGUUGCUUCAGGCUAAAAUACUUGUCCACUGGAAACAACAGUUUGAAGUUAAAAAUGUCUUGAUGGAUUUAUUUAUUACAAAUUUUUUGGAUUACUUGUGGAUUAUUGUGAUGUUUUUAUCAGCUGUUUGGACUCAUUCUGACGGCACCCAUUCAUUGGUGAGCAAGUAAUGCUACAUUUCUCCAAAUCUGUUCCAGUGAAACAAACUCAUCUACAUCUUUGAUGGCAAAUUUUCAUUUUGGUGAGAACUAUUCCUAUAAAAAUGUCUGGAUGUCAUUGCAUUAGAUAAAAAUGAUCAAACCAAGUGGCAUUUAUUUUAAAGAAAUAUAGCACAAGCACACUUUCAAAGCAAAUUUACAAGGUAUUUAGACAAGGUAUUUAAUAUCUUAAUGGAUCAUCUUCAUCGUUCAUGUGAUGAACUAAAAAACACCUUGGGGCCUGUUGGUUGAAAAAAUGGCUUGGAAAAAUCAGUUUAGUUCUAAUGCAGUAACAUUUUUGAGUGUCCCAAGUACGUUUUGGGGUGCUUCAGCUUCACUAAAGUACAUUGCAAUAUGGUAAAAGGCAAAUAUCAUCGUCCAUCAUGUUUUCUGCACUUCAGCUACAAUGUAUUAUUGUAUUGUUUUAUAUAAACUACAAUGGGAUUUCUAGUACAGGUAUCACAAUUUUAAAACAGAGUUGUGACAUGUAAAUGAACCAGUAUAUUAAACAAUAUAUUUAACCAUCUCUUAACAUGUUGUCUGUCUGUUGAUUCUGUGUGUGAUCCAGUGCUGCUUUUGUCCGUUUAUAUGUUGAUGUUUUAUUGCCCUAGCCAUAUGUG